AUGACUCUCCUGGCAUCGAGGGCCGAAGAUGGCUGCCGCCCUCUGUUGACUCGCACAUGCUCUUGCCUGCCUGCCUUCCUGCAUACAUAUAACAGGCGUAAGCUCUGCGGUCAAGGCCCUUGGCAAGCCGUGUCUGCCUGCUCCCUGCCCCGUCAUCGUCGUCGUCGUCAUCUCUGUCCUCGGCAUUCUUGCCAUCCUCGUCCAGUCUCUGCUGCCUCGAUCGCCCUAGUUGCCCGUAUUCUCUCGAAAGCGGCUGGAUUUCGCCUCGGAGCGACCGUCGUCCGCACCCUCGCGUCGGGCGCCCAUCGGCAGCCUCCCGAAAGACACAAGCUCGACGCUUCGGCCCGGCUCAGGCUUCCGCCACCGACAACUGCUUGCUGCAGGAUCGACCCUGAUUCGACCAUGUCGCAGCCAUCGGCGACUGCCGGCCCAUCGGAUGCCCAGGAGGCACCCGCACCGAUACCGGCACCGGCCGUCGUGCAGGCCCCGCAGCCGCCAGUGUCGAUCGAGCUGCUCGUCAAAGGCAACCUGCCGCGGCGCUACAACCGCAAGGGCACGGGCGAGGAUGCCGACACGGCCGUCGUGGGAAAGGGCGGCUUCGGCACCACCUACCUCUACGAGCGCGACACGUCCUUUACCCCCGAGAGCUCGCUCGAGAUCUCGGCGCCCAACUCGACCCGCCCCAGCCCCAAUGGCAGCCCGGCCAGCGUGACCGAGAACAUCUUCCCGGACCCGGGCAAUGCAGCCUAUGGCCCUCAGGGCGGCUCCGACCACCUCCCGCGCAGCCGUCAGCUUGUCUUCACCCCUGCCUCGAACCGUUCCUCGACCCUUGCCGCCCACCUGCGCCCCUUUGCCGAUCGGAGGCCCGCGACGCCGCGCGUCGUCGUCGUCAAGAUGUGCCGCACGCCGUGCACGGGCUCUUUUGACGAGCUGCAAAAGACGAGCGCCCUGGACCGCAAGAUGCGCAAGGCCAUGAUGCAGGACCCCAGCCUGUCGCACAUCCGCGUCGUCCGGGGCGAGGGGCGCAUCCUCCGCUACCUCCAGGCCGCCAACGACGUCGAGCCGAGCGCCGAGGAUGCCAACCUGGUGCUACUCCUCGCCGACCUGCCCGUCCACGGCAAGGCCAAGGCGGCCGCCCUCGACGGCGACGCCGCUCGCGGCUGCCCGCUCACCUCGAUCGAGAUCGAGCCCGACUUCAGCGAAGGGCCCCCGACGCGGCUCUUGGUCUUUGAGCGCCUCGUCGAGAUCGAUGCCGAGCUGACGGACAAGGGGUGGGAGGUCUCCAAGGACACCUGGCCGGCAGAACGCGUCGAGCGCAUGGCGCUGGAAAUCAUUCAGGGCCUCAAGUUCCUGCACCGGCACAACGUCACGCAUGGCGAUCUGAAGCCUUCCAACCUGAUGAAGGAUCCAGCCACGGGGUGCGUCAAGAUCAUCGACCUCGGGGCCAGCCGGCGCUUUGUCGACGUCUCGAACCGCGAAAAGGACAACCUCUACGCCGUCGACCAGGGCGACAUCGAGCACCUCCGGCAGGGCAGAGUGCGGCCGACCCUGGCUCUGGACCGGUGCGAGGGGUUAAGCUCGCUGACAGGAUCUCCGCACUACAUGGCACCAGAGAUCCUUUUGCAGGCAAGCCGGUACGCUGACCACAAGGGCAGGGCCCGGAGCGUGCUCGAGGACUGGGAGCCGCACUACAAGCAGUACUUUACCGCGACCGAGGUCACCUACUUUGAGCUCGCCCUGAGCGACCUCAAGCGGGGCUGGGGCAUCCGCGCCGACAUGUGGAGCUGGUCUCGGACAGUGUCUUCGCUCUUCCUCAAGACGGUCCCGUCUGAAGACCGGCCCUCGUCCUCGAGCGUCUGCCCGUUCGACUUUUCCUUUUCCAAGCACCAGGAAGACUUUGUCGAAGCGCUCCACACGCCUGCCCGGGCCGAGCAGGAGCAGCCCCGCUUCCAUCUCUGGUCGCGGCACUUUCCUCUCUACAUUGUCAGCAAGGUCCUCGACGGUAUCGAACUGCCCGAGAGCUCCAAGUCCGCGAGCCCAGAGCUGCAGAGGAUGCUUCUGGCUUGCCUGGCCCACCAGGAUAGCCGUCCCGACGCCGAGACCAUCUUUCGGGUCCUGACAGAGAGGCGGACGCGGUCGCACCAGCAAGCGGGACGGAUGUCGCCGAGCAAGAGGCCGUUUCAGAGCGGCGGUGAGAUGCUGCCGCCGCCUUCGAUUCGGCAACCCCCGGUCCCGACUCUCGGCGAGCCAGGCGGCUUGCGAGACUCGGCACAGGCACCACCGGCUCCCCCAAAGGACUGGAUGUCGGCGAGCAGAGAGGCGUCCAGACACGCUUCCUUCCGCAGCGAGUCGGCCGCGGGGACACAGAGCCUGGCAGCUAGUACAGGCUACCAUCACCACAGCCGCGAGCCAUCGGCCUCUCGAAGCUUCAUCGGUGUGCGGUCGGCGUCGGAGCAGGACUGGCUGUCGCGCCCCCGCGACCGCGACAAGGCGGAUCUCGGCUUCGCACACAACCGCACCCUGCCGCCGCCGGCGAGCCUGCCGUCGAGGACGGGAAGCGGGAGCCUCCUGUUUUCGGACCUCAACCAGACCUUGGUGGGCACCGAGGGCAGCCGGUGCUACCAACAGCGCCUCGGCGAGCAGCACGCAGCGCAAACGGGGCGUGGCGGCCUGCACAGCUCGAUGCACCCGUCGAGCGUCAACCUGAGCGCCUCGACGCUGGACCCGGGCAUCAUUCACAGGCCCUUUAGCGUCCAGCGACCGGGAUGCAUCGAGUCGGCAGAGAUGCUCGAUGGGGCUCACACGGCGGCGCCACCGGGGUUUGAGCUGCUCAGCCGGGUGCGGCCUCGCUGCAGCUCGACGCAGACGGCGCCUCUGCCCGACGUGCCCGACGUGCCCGCCGUAGCCCUCGCGUCCGGUUCUGCCUCGGGAUUCGCCACCAUGCCGGCUCGCCAGGACUCGUGGCCGUCGAACCAGGACCAUCAGCGUGCGACGGGUGGCCGCAGGUCGCGUGGCGGGGCGAGCGUGUACGAGCUGGGCAGUGCCAGGAACGACUGGGGCUGCCCCGUCUCUUCGUCGCCGGCCCUCGCUCCCCCGGCAGCGCCAACUCGGGCCCCACCAAAGAGCCUGAUGAAGCUGCUGAGGUGGGCCAUCCCGUCAAAGUCGUCGUCGUCAUCGUCGUCGUCGUCGUCGCCGAGGCGCAGGUAG